CAGCAUCAAAAAUGGCUAAAAUUGCUCUGUUGCUGUUUUUUACUGUCGGAGUUUAUUUGGAAUUGUCAGCAUCGACAAGCAUUGAAUGUAGCUACAAGACUCAUGAUUGGAGCAUCGUUAAAAAUGCAUAUUUUUGCACAAUCAAUAAUAAUCCAAGCAUAACAACUCGAGAAUCAGCGACAAUAACUUCAAUUUCUGGACCUCAUGAAAGUGGAAAGACAAAUUCUGAUGUUGGUGGCUUUUAUGUUUAUUCUAAAACUAUAAAUUAUUUCCCGCGUGGUUUAGAAACUUUCUUUAAGAAUAUUAAAAUUAUUGAUAUUUCUCAUUGUAAUUUAAUGGAAGUUCAUCAAGAAGAUUUGAAGCUAUUUCCUAAAUUAGUUGAGAUUUAUUUGCAUUAUAAUCCCCUGGAAGUUCUCGAAGAGGGUCUUUUUGAUUUUAAUCCUGAUUUAGAAUUCAUUUAUAUUUGGAACAACAAAAUUGUCCACAUUGAACCGAAUGUCUUUGAUCAUUUAAGUAAAUUAAGAUAUCUUUACUUACAAGAAAAAAAUUGCAUUGACGCAAUAGCUGAAAAUUCAAUAUCAGAAGUCAAAAAUGUCAUUCAAGCUGUAAAAUCUCAAUGUAAUAAAAACACAAUGACAACAUCCACAACACAACCUCCAACAACUUCAACACAAUCUCCAACAACAACUUCAACAACACCAAAAAGCAUCAAUUUCGAGUCAUGCUUAGAACUGGAAUCAAAAAUCGACAACAUUGCAUCAAGUUUAAAGGAUUUAAUUGGCCAGACACCGAAUGCAGCAUUCAGCAACAACAACAACCAAUGCGACGCCUUUACUGACGCUUUGAGGAACCAAAGUGAAGCCAUUGGAAGAAUUGACAGCAGAACUGAAGCAUUUACUGAAGCUAUGGACACAAAACUGGAAAUUCUCAAAGAAAAUGUUGAAAAUACAAGAACUUUGUCACUCAGGCAGAUGCAAAACUUUAGAGACGAGGUCAAAACUGAUCAUGCUGGACUUUUAGCUGCAAUCAGAUUGAGGACGGACAAGAUUGAGAAGCAGAUUAAGGAAAUUAAGGAACAAAAUCAGAAAAUUGAGGACAAACUUGCAAAAAUUAUGAAAAGUCUUAAAAUUGAUAAUUAGAAUGAAAUUCAAAGACAUUGGCAAGGCACAGAUCAUAGACAAAAACAACGGACUAAAUAUUAAAAUAAUUAAAUAUUAAAAUAUUAAAUAAAAGAAUUUCAAAUUUUGUAAAUCAACAACUUUUAUUAAUAAUUUUUCUAACAUUUAACUUUGAAUUUAAAAUAUUUCAAAUAAAAAAAUUUCAAUUAAUUGACAAAAACUACUUUAUUGACUAUUUUUAACAACAUUAGAGCUUAAUUCGGUCUUGUGAACUUUGACAGCAUCGGAAUGUUACUUCCAUCUGCCAAUCCUCCAUCUACCUUCUCACCAAAUGCCAAACUUCCACCCAUUUCAUCAUUAAUUUCAACCAUAAUUCUUUUCAGACUGUCUGCCAUGAAGUAAGGAUUAGCAGCUCCAUCAUUUUCCUCACAAUCGAUACAGAAACAGACGAGAAUUGCCUCAAUUGUCAUUUCAUAAAAUGUCAUGAAGCUGUGAGCGAUAAAGAAGGCAAACGUUGCACCGAUGGUUAAUGGGAUUGUUUGGCAUGCACCUGGGGAGCUCUGGAAGAUUUAAGAGACUUUUUAGGGUUACAUUGAUAAGUACAGGGAAUGAAUAAUGUGGUUAAGGGUCAACUUCUGCCACAUCAAAGGUUUAGUUUGUCCAAACAAACCCGCACCUGCACUAUUCCUACCUCUAACCUUAAAAAUACUUAAAUAGUAUACACGGAUACUAAAAUAGUAUACAUGGAUACUAAAAUAGUAGACAUAGAUACUAAAAUAGGAAACUAGCAUAUAAAUUAGGUAUUAGGAACUUAGCCUCUUUCCUAGAUUGUUCAAAACAAUUCAACUUACCAGCACCAAAAUCUCAUAUCCAAAAGUCCCUGCUGCCAAAACAAUCAAAACUCUGCAAACAAGGAACACUAGCUCACCAAAGUCAAUCAAAAUCAUCAAUUUUCUGAGAUUUCUGAGUUGCAGCAGGUAAGCUCGCUUCCCAGCUUGAAAAAAUGGAGUCGCGUUCUUGGCAGUUAUUAUGAAAGCAGUCCUGGAUGGAUAGUGUAGGAACUCAUCCAGCAAUGCUAGCGGACGUAAAAUAUUGCAGGAUGUUGAUGGCUUUUUGUUGGAUUUCUGGAGGAAUUGGAAUUAAAUUUUGAGGUUAGGUGACAAAUUUUGAGGUUAGGUGACAAAUUUUGAGGUUAAGUUAUGUUCAACUCACCCUAAACGGUCGAAAUCCGACUCUCAAAACCUUCAUAAUCGCAAUUAACAGAGAACCUAAACAGACACUUCCUAAAUGUCCCCUUUUUAGAUCCUUAAAUGAUGACUUAAUAGGCCUCUCCAACUUCUCCUUAUCGCGUAUAAAGAACCAUUUACAGAUUAUCGCAGCGACCACAAAAUGUUGACAGCUGAGGAUAAACUGAGUAAACCAAAUGAAAGUGAUGAUGUUGAAUGUCUGAGCGACCACAGCUAUCGGAAGCUCCUCGAAAUAAAUGCUUAUUGUCCCGUUAUCAUUCAAAGUUCGAUGAACAUCAGCUGAAUUGUGAAUAAUUGCAGCGAAUGUAAUAAAGAUUUUGAAGGCAGCAAUGAAGGUUGUGAAGGUCUGCAAUGGGUUGUAAGAGUCAAUUCUGCUUGCUUUCAAAGAAAAGGUCUCACCAGAAGAGGUCCAAAAAUGACAGCCGGGAUGUCAACCAUAAUUUUUGAAGACUCCUUAAAAAUCUUUGCAACCAAUCCAAUUUUUGUCCUUAACCAAGCCAAAAUGCCACCCAAAAUAAUCCCAAUUGUCAUCAAAAUCACAGCAGCUUGUGAGUUCCACAUAAGCACUGAAAUUCCCGCCAAAAUAAAAACAAACAAAAUAACCGCAACACAAAUAAUCCAAAUUAAAUAUUUCGCGAUGAAUCUGAAGAAAAUCAGCAAGACGUAAGAAAAAAAGACAGCAAAAAGGCACACAGUUGCUAUUGCAUCUCUGUAGGUCGUCACAUUUUCCAAAAAUAUUCCUACAUUUCUACUAAAUUCUGUUUUCAAUUGCACAUCAAAUAAUUUUGUAUCUUGUGCUUCUUCAUCAUCAUCUGUCUUGUUUGUUUCUCUACAUUUAUUGAGGACAAUUGAGAAAUUUUUGGGGCAAUUAUCGACACAUUUUCUGAUUGGCUUUAUUGUCAAUGUUUCAAUGUCAUAGAGUUCGUAUUCUAUGUGGAGAUAAGGAUAAUGUCUGAGAUCUUUUGGCUGAAAAUGGGAGAUUUAUGAGUAUCUUUGAGGUUUACUAAAAUAGUACGCAGGUAUACUAAAAAAGUAUAUAUUUUUACUAAAAUAGUAUAUCAGACUACUAAAAUAGUACAUCAGUUUACUAAAAUAGUAUAUCAGUUUACUAAAAUAGUAUAUCAGUUUACUUAAAUAGUAUAUCAGUCUACUAAAAUAGUAUAUCUCAAUUUUAUUCCUCACCCCACAGUCGUAAAGAUUAUCAUCAUUAAGUUGACCACAAAAAUUCUUACAAUCAUCAAGGACCUUAUCAAAUCUUCCAAGAUUCCCGAAAAUAAUGCAAUAUCCAACAAGAAUGAGCUAUAAAGGAAAAUAUUUCAGUAAACUUAGCCUCAUUUGAACCUCAAAACAAGCCAAUUAACUCACCGAAACUAAAACAAGGAGCAUACAAAGCAAUAAAAACGGCAAGUUCGUGCAAUCCCGCACCUUAACUGGAUAUCUGCUCGCAUAUUCCUAAAAAAAGAAAAUAAAUCACAAAAAAUUGUCUUUAAAAAUUGUAACAUUUUGCAUACAUUUUCCCCAUUCUUCACAUAACUUAGCAUUAUUGAUUAUUUCCAGAGACAAAUUGGCGCCGAAAAUCCUGUCACUUGAUUCUUUCCAAUUCUUUUUUCACUUUUUACUGAAAAUGCAAAAUAAAAAAAUUUAACACAAAAUUCAAAUUUUAUUCAAAUUAUCCACGUGUAUUGACUUUACCUCAAGUCUGUCUCAAAGGACUACAGCACUCGAUGACUUCAUUAUUGACACUAACACACAAAAUAUUCCUUUUUAGUCCUUUCGUAUUGUCUCUAUCGUGCGGCAUUUCAAUCGCCAAAUAACACGAAAUGUUCUGUUUGCCAAAAAAAAAAACUAAAGAAAAAGUCGGAAAGAAGAAGAAAUAUCAACAAUGAUUCGGUUUUUAUUCGAUUUUUCUUAUUUAGUUUUUCAUUUCUUUUCUGUUUCUGUUUUGAAGAUAGCGUGCAACCCAACUUAUCAUGCUGGCCUCACCCCUCUCGUGACUUUUUGAAUAGAUUAUUAUUAUCUCUAUUGUGUCACUUUUAAAGGACUCAAAUGGAUAAAUAAGUUUGUUGUUUUCUUUUAUAUGCGGUUUUGGACGUGCUUUUCUAUCAGGGGUGUUGGAUGUCUUAUGAAAAUUUGGAAUUUUGAGGUUAGAAUGCAAACUUAAUUAAAUUUUUGAGGUUAGAAUGCAAACUUAGUCAAAAUUUUGAGAUUAUAAUGCAAACUUAGUUAAAUUUUUGAGGUUAGAAUGCAAACUUAGUCAAAAAUUUGAGGUUGGAAUGCAAACUUAGUCAAAAUUUUGAGAUUAGAAUGCAAACUUAGUCAAAAAUUUGAGGUUAGAAUGCAAACCUAGUUAAAAUUUUGAGGUUAGAAACCAAGAAAAUCAAGAUUUUGAGGUUAGGGAACAUAUUUAUUUAAAACAUUUUUAUAAAACUAGCAAAAGAUCUACAAAUAUUUGAUUAGAUAUCAAUCAAGGCAAUGAUGGUGCUAAGUUUACAAAACAAUAUUUAUUAAUACUUUAGUUAAAACAUUCAACUCUUUUGAGGAUAUGUCGUGGGUUGAUAUGGAUUUGCAGGAUAUCCUUGAGGAGGCAUCAAUGGUUGUUGUGGGUAAGGGGGCUGUUGAGAAUAAGGCUGCUGAGGAAAGGAAGGGUAUUGCUGUGGAGGAUAUUGUGGUGGACCUUUUGGAUCAUCAUAUCCAAUAUUUGGAUACAUUGGUUGUUGUGGUGGCAUCAUUGGAAUUCCACUUCCAUCAGCAGCACCACCUUCAAAUCCUGGAAUUGGUUUCGGUCCAAAUACCAAAACAUUGCCUGAAUAAUCCUUCAUAUCCAUAAUAACUCUUUUAAGGCUCUCUGACAUGUAGAAUGGCUUUGUGUCUCCAUCGUUCUCCUCAAUGUCAAUGCAGAAUGAGACAAAAAUUGUAUCAACUGUCAUUUCAAAGACCAUGACGAAGCAGUGAGCAAUAAGGAAGGCUAGGAUGCAUCCAAGGAUCAACGGAAGUGCGAUGUAAUCCGAAUUGGGCAUGUUCUGCAGGAGAAGGAAUAAUUUAUCAUGUAUAAAGUGUUCCUUUUCUAGUUUUAGCUAUAAUUACCUCACUAAGCACAGUAUAUCCAACACAUCCAGCGAUUAAAACAAUCAAUAAUCUGCAAACAAACAGCACAAGAUCCCCAAAGUGAUUCAAUGCAAUGACGUCAUUGAUAUUGUCCAUGAGCAGUCUGCAUGACCGUUUUCCAGAAUCAAUUAAUGGUGUUCCUUCUUUAGCAAUUAUAAUGUAUGCAUUACGAACGAGAUAUGCCAAGAAUUGUUCAAGUAGAUCAAUAAGGCACAUGAAGCAUACAGCAAUCAACGCAACCACUGCGUUUUUGUUAUUGUUUGCUGUGUUCUGGAAUUUUGUGAAUGAUUUUAAAUGAGAG